GACCUUCCUGCAUCACCACCACUACAAGACAAUUCAUUGGAUGUUUCCCUGAUUUCUCUCCAGUAGGUGGAGCUGUUGCCCCCUGGCUGGACUCUCACUGACUGCCAGCCAAUUCUGACCGAUGGCUUUAUAGUGGGAGGGAUUCAGCCCACAAGCACAGGGUCACAUAUAUAUAUAUAUCUGUCUUAUGUUCUGCGCUUUCCCAGGUACGACAGAGCCGACACCGUCCGUUGCAUCAAAUCCUGCCGACCCAACGAUUUCCAUUGUAUGACCGACCCCGUGCACACCAUUUCCCACACGGUCAUCUCCCUGCCCACGUUUAGAGAAUUCAGCCGGCCGGAAGAAAUCAUCUUCCUCCGGGCCAUAACCCCCGCAUACAGCCCGGGCCCCCAGCCCGACAUAAUAUUCCACAUAACGGAGGGCAACCUGCGGGAAUCCUUUGAUAUCCAGAAGAGAUACGUGGAUGGAAUGAUUGUCGGCGUUGUGCGGCAGGUGAAGCCCAUUGUGGGGCCCUUUCACGCCGUCCUGAAGCUGGAGAUGAAUUACGUGGUGGGCGGAGUCGUCUCUCAUCGCAACAUCGUCAACGUCAACAUCUUUGUCUCUGAAUUCUGGUUCUAAGUAGAAUCUUUUUUUUUUUAUCUGGGUCCAGGAUGAAAGUUCCGAGGCUGGUUUAAAUGGUUUAUCUAUUCCAGUUGCUCAUGAGCUUCUUAAAUAAAAAAGGACCAGUAGUGCCAUAUAGCAACCUUUGUUAGCAUUGAGGUGUCAGGGGUUUGUUUUUCUGAGGUCCUUGUUUUUUUUUAAUAUCUGUGAGAAUGCUGUGGGCUCCUCUGUCCUCUGAAAAUAAAUAUACAUUCUUUGGA